AAGUCACACAUCACUUCUGUCAUUCUAACCAACCCGUCAGUGUGGGAGGAUCAAUCCAAAGGCAUGAAUACCAAUAGACAGGGAUCAUCGGGACCCACGUGGGAGGCCCACUACCGUUGAGGGUCUGACAGUGAUGAUGAUGAUGAUGAUGAUGAUGAUGAUGAUACCUUGGAGAAUCUUCAGAUCUCAUCUUUGUGUGAUAGCCGGUUGUCCAAACUAUAGUAAGAGUCAAAUGAAGUUUCUUCCACUAGGUGGCAGUACUUGUCCACAUCCUGACCUUCAUUAAAUAAGCACGUCUUGGACACCGACUUUCUGACAGAUACUAUCCCAGGUGCUGGGGUCUCAGAGAACGGAAAAGGCAUGUUCCUACCGGUGCAGAGUUAACAGCUGAGUGAGUCAAUUCUUGUAGUAGAGCAUAAUAAGUGUUUUGUUUAUGAUAGAGAUCAGAACAAUGCUGGGCACAGGGGUACAUAGAGAGGGGUUGUGCCAGUAGGGUUCUUGAUUGGCAAGGAAUAUGAGAUUGAGGAAGGGUGGCAGGACCAGGGUGGCUCAAUGUGGCCAGAGAGAAGGACAGUGUGUACAUCUCAGAUAAAGAAGAGCCUUGAACUGAGCAAAGGAUUUGGGACACAUUCUAGAAUGUUUGGUAAGUCAAUGAAGAGUUUUAAGCAGAGGAUUCUUUAUCAGACGUUGCUUACUUCUGAGCAAUAGAGACUAGCUUUGGCUAAGAAGAAAAGGAACAUGUUUAAAAGGAUUCUGGAUAGCUCAGGGAAUUUGGUGGAGGACUAAAGAAGUGGUUCCUGGAUAAUUCCAGAAAUGGAACUCAACCACGCUGCAGAACUGGCCUGAUGAGGAAACUAUCAUGACUGGGAUUGCUGCUGCUGCCCCACCCGGCCCCGGAGGAAACUGUCACCCUGACAGGAACCACUGUGGAAUGGCUGCCACCCUCAUAUGCCACAUGUUUUUGCAGCCUCCUGCACCAACAAAAUGCCAGGUUUCCAAAAGAACCUGUUUCCUCACUUUGCUCACUUCUAAAUCAAAGGCUCAUAGGGAUGCAUCUGCUUGAGGGAGAUCGAGUCCCAUGUCUGAGUCCUGGCUACAAAGGAGAAUGAGAUUGAGAGUCUGAACUCCUUCCUUGGGAAGGCAAGACUUCAAAUAAUUGGAAUUUCUGCCAAGUGUAGACAGGCCAUUCAAAAGAUGAUAGGAAGCCAUGAGUCUGAAUGGUGUACACCACAAGGGGCAUAGGUCAUAUCUGAAUUGUGAAUCUAUCGCUGGUCAAGUACGGGGGAUAUAUAUUAGAUCAGAGUUCCUCAACCUUGGCACUGUUGACAUUUGGGGCCUCGUAAGUCGUAGUUGUGGAGGACUAUUCUGUGCCUUGUAAGAUGUUCAGCAGCAUCCCUGGUCUGUCCACAAAUGCUACUAGAAACCUCUCUCUCAGUUGUAGAGCAAAAGAUGUCCUCAAACUUUGCCCCAUGUUCCCCAGAAGGCAAAAUUGUCUUGAAUGUAGGGACCAGCUCAGUUAGGAGACUCUUUUGGUAACUGAAAGAAGAAAGCAAUUAGUGGGAUGACAGUAAGAAUGUAGACGAUGGGUGAGCAGGGGUGAUGUUACAGAGAUAGACAUAAUAGAAGUUGGAAAAUGGCUAUAUUUGGAGGCCUUAUUGGUUAGGAUACAGCUUCAGCUACCCUAACAGAGAUCUGAAUAGUAACCUAAGAAAGAUAGAAGUCUGUUUCUCUCUGAGAUACCAUUUUUGGAGAAAACAGUGCAAGGCUAAUAUGGUGGCCAUCUUUAAAGACCAUCUACCACAGUCCACCUCUCGGUACUGCGUAACCCUGGAUAAGUUACUACCUAUAAAAAUGAAAAUAGUAACAAGAAUGUAUCAGACAGCCGUGUUGUAAAGGUUAAGUGAGAGAAUACCUUUGGUUCUGUCUUUUGUUUUAAGCCACUACAUUUGCGACCAUUUGUUAAAACAACGGAAAACUAAUCUACCUGGGAUCCUUGUCUCAAUCCUUUGCCCAGUAGGAUGUAACCACCGGCAUGGCAGAAGUAAUCCAAUCACAGGGAUUUAGCAGGGUCCUGGAAGAGAACCAGAGCAUCUUCAAGGCACUGCCAAGAUUUAAGGUAUUCUAGAGGAUGAUCAUCCAAAACCUCAAAGAUCCAUGACAAUGAUCUCUCAACUAUUUCUCUCCUUGAGAAUUUUUUUUUUCUCUUACAGAUCCCACUUUAAUGUCUGCAAGCAACAGUUACUGCAACUUUCAAAGAGUUCAGAAAUGUGGUGCUGCUGUGAAACUACACUUUGGGAACCACUGGUCUGGACCAUGUGAUCUUGCUGUGGUUGUUUUGGGUUGUCUUAACAGUACGAAGCACUUUGAGGUGAUAGUAUCUGUAGGUGGAGAUUUUGUGAGGUGCUCAAGUCAUGAAGGUGGAACCCUGACGAAUGGGAUUAAUGCCUCAUAAAAGAGGCUCCAGAGAGAUCCCCGCCUCCUUCCACUGCGUGAGGACAUUGGCAGAAGGUGCUGGCUGUGAACCAGGAAGAUGUGAUCGUGCUGGCUCCUUAAUCUUGGACUUCCCAGCCUCCAGAACUCAGCUGAGUUCAAGGCUCAAGUGGAGAACACAUAGCUUCAAAGGCAGAAGGAAUCAAAGGUGCUCCCCAGCGUUGGAUGCUUCCUCCACUUGAGAUGCAUACAAAGACAGUCGGAGUCCUCUGGGGAUGUUUCUUCCUGUGGAAUCUCUACACUUCAUCCGCCCAGACCAUUUACCCUGGCAUCAAGGCUAGGGCUACUCAGCGGGCUCUGGACUAUGGCGUUCAAGCUGGGAUGGAGAUGAUUGAGCAAAUGCUUAAGGAAAAAAACAUCCCAGACCUAAAGGGUUCUGAAUCUCUGGAAUUUCUGAAGGUUGAUUAUGUGAACUACAAUUUUUCAAACAUAAAAAUCAAUGCCUUUUCAUUUCCAAAUACUUCAUUAGCCUUUGUGCCUGGGGUGGGGAUCAAGGCACUGACUAACCACGGCACUGCCAACAUCAGCACCGACUGGGAGAUCAACUCUCCACUCUUCCAAGACACAGGAGGAGCUGAUCUGUUUCUCUCUGGGGUCUACUUCACCGGUAUCAUUGUUCUUGCCCGAAAUGACUUUGGUCACCCAAUCCUGAAGCUCCAAGACUGCUACGCCCAAGUGAACCAUGCCCACGUCUCAUUUUCCGGAGAACUCAGUGUCCUGUACAACUCCUUCGCUGAGCCCAUGGAGAAACCCAUUUUAAAGAACUUAAAUGAAAUGCUGUGUCCCAUUAUCAUGAAUGAGGUGGAAGCCCUGAAUGCCAACCUCAGCACGAUAGAGGUUUUAACCAAGAUAGACAACUAUACUCUCCUGGAUUAUUCCCUAAUCAGUUCUCCAGAAAUUACUGAGAAUUACAUCGACCUGAAUUUGAAGGGCGUAGUCUACCCACUGGAAGACCUCACUGACCCUCCCUUCUUGCCAGUUCCCUUUGUGCUGCCGGAACGCAGUGACUCUAUGUUGUAUGUUGGAAUCUCUGAGUUUUUCUUUAAAUCUGCAUCCUUUGCUUACUUUACAGCUGGAGCCUUCAACGUCACUCUCUCCACGAAAGAGAUUUCCAACCAUUUGGUUCAAAACUCUCAAGGUGUUGGCAACGUGCUCUCCAGGAUCGCAGAGAUCUACAUCUUGUCCCAGCCCUUCUUGGUACGAGUCAUGGCAACGGAGCCUCCCGUGAUCAGUUUACUACCGGGUAAUUUCACCCUGGACAUCCCUGCCUCCAUCAUGAUCCUCACCCAGUCCAAGAACUCAACUGCUGAAGCCAUCGUUUCCAUGGACUUUGUUGCCAGUACCAGUGUUGGCCUGGUUAUUUUGGGACAAAGACUGGUCUGCUCAUUGUCUCUGAACAGAUUCCGCCUCUCUUUACCAGAGUCCAAUCGCAGCAACAUUGAGGUCUUGAGGUUUGAGAAUAUUCUGUCCUCCAUUCUCCACUUUGGUAUCCUCCCACUGGCCAACGCAAAAUUGCAGCAAGGAUUUCCGCUGCCCAACCCACACAAAAUCUCCUUUGUCAAUUCAGAUAUUGAAGUUUUUGAGGGUUUCCUUUUGAUUUCCACCGACCUGAAGUAUGAAACGUCCUUAAAGCAGCAGCCAAGUUUCCAUGGUUGGGAAGGUCUGAACUUCAUAAAUGGACAGUGGAGGGGGAAGCCAGCUGCUUGAUUGCCUGUUGGGAGUCCACUCCAGGAAGUAGAUGGCCCUUAAUCCCACAGCUACUGUAAACCCGGAAGGGGCAGACAGUACACACUGGGUUGUAAGCCCUAGUGAAAUGCUUAAACUGACAGUUUUCUUUCUCAAACCCUCAGGGAAGAGGGAGGCAAACCGGGUUAAAGAGUUAAAUCAGGGUGUGUGUCUCCACAUGUAUGGAGGGGUGGGUGUUUGGAUGUGUGUUCGUGUUUGAAUGCACAUUUGUGUGCUCCUGUGUUAAUAAGGUGCUGCGGCCAAGAGCUAGCCCUGCACUUCUGAGGAGGUGCCUGAGAAACUCUGAUUUGCUUGACAGCUCCCUUGAGCUCUUUCAGCAACCCAGGGUUUCCCACACUUCCCCGCAUAUUGGAUUUUAUGUUUUAUAUUUACUGCUACUGUCCUCUGUUUUUAAUUAAACUUGUUUUCUAUCAAUGUCAA